GAAUUGAUCUUUGUUUCCUCUCUCAAAGUAAAAAAGAGAGAGAGAAUUGAUCUUUGUUUCUGUGAUGCGUGUGCUGAUUUUAGGUUUUCCUUUUUUGUGUGAAAGAAUUGGGCAAAGGCCUCAUUUAAAUUUAUCAAACAAGCUGAGAAGUGCAACAACAGUUAGCCAAGGCUAACUGGGGUAUAAAAUAGAUGAAAACUUGACACCCUUGUUCAGCAUUCUUGUGUCCCUCGACAAACAAGUUGGCGAUGGGUCACUCUGUUCCUGACCGAGUUGAAAAUGAGGAAUUGGAUGUGCCCAGCCUUCGUUCCUCACACGGACAGAUGGAGAACCUACAAUCUGUCCACAAGGUUGGAUUCCCCCCUCAGAGGAAUUUCUUUAGAGAGUUCAAGGAUACCUUGAAGGAAACAUUGUUUGCGGAUGACCCUUUACGCCGUUACAAAGAUCAACCCAGAUCAAGGAAGCUCAUACUAGGCCUGCAAUUCCUUUUUCCAAUCCUUGAGUGGGGAAGAGACUACAACUUUAGUAAGCUCAAAGGAGAUCUUAUUGCUGGACUGACGAUUGCAAGUCUCUGCAUCCCUCAAGACAUUGCAUAUGCAAAACUUGCAAACAUGGACCCACAAUAUGGGCUCUACUGCAGUUUUGUUCCGCCACUAAUUUAUGCAGUAAUGGGCAGUUCAAGGGAUAUUGCUAUCGGACCAGUGGCAGUUGUAUCCCUCUUGCUUGGAACUCUUAUUCAGAAUGAAGUUGAUCCUGUGACAGAAAAGGCAGAAUACAUUCGGCUUGCAUUCACAGCAACCUUUUUUGCUGGCAUCACUCAAGCAGCACUGGGAUUCCUGAGAUUAGGCUUCCUCAUUGAAUUCCUGUCUCAUGCUGCCAUUGUUGGAUUCAUGGGUGGAGCAGCCAUCACAAUUGCGCUUCAACAGCUAAAAGGAUUUCUUGGUAUAAGAAACUUUACCAAGAAUUCUGACAUAAUUUCUGUGAUGAAGUCUGUGCGGAGCUCUGCUCACCAUGGGUGGAACUGGCAGACGAUACUGAUAGGUUCGACCUUCCUGGCAUUCCUCCUAUUUGCGAAAUACAUUGGAAAGAAGAAGAAGAGCCUUUUCUGGGUUCCUGCAAUUGCCCCAUUGAUCUCUGUCAUUCUAUCCACCUUGUUUGUGGACAUAACCCAUGCUGAAAACCACGGUGUUCAGAUUGUGAGACACAUAGACAAAGGCAUCAACCCAUCGUCAGUUAAUAAAAUUCAUUUUACCGGUUCAUAUGCUGCGAAAGGUUUCAGAAUUGGACUGGUAGCUGCAAUGGUAGCUUUGACGGAAGCUGUAGCAAUCGGCAGAACAUUUGCUGCCAUGAAAGAAUACCAAUUGGAUGGAAACAAAGAAAUGGUAGCACUAGGAACCAUGAAUGUCAUCGGUUCAAUGACUUCUUGCUAUGUAGCAACAGGUUCCUUUUCACGAUCAGCAGUCAAUUACAUGGCUGGCUGCCAAACAGCAGUCUCCAAUAUGAUUAUGUCAGCAGUAGUACUUCUAACCCUGGAACUAAUCACACCUCUCUUCAAAUACACCCCAAAUGCCAUCCUCGCAUCUAUCAUCAUAUCAGCUGUGAUUGGCCUAAUUGACUAUGAAGCUGCAUAUCUUAUUUGGAAGGUUGAUAAAUUAGACUUUGUUGCCUGCAUGGGAGCUUUCUUUGGUGUAGUCUUUGUAUCAGUUGAGAUUGGCCUUCUAGUUGCUGUCUCGAUAUCGCUUGCUAAGAUCCUUCUGCAAGUAACAAGGCCAAGGACAGCUUUACUUGGUAAUCUUCCGAGCACUAUGAUAUACAGGAACAUCGAACAAUACCCUGAGGCUACCAAAGUUCCAGGAGUAUUGAUUGUGAGAGUUGAUUCUGCCAUCUACUUCACCAACUCCAACUAUGUCAAAGAGAGGAUCCUAAGAUGGCUGGGAGACGAAGAAGAGCAACUUAAAGCAAAACAACUACCGAGGAUCGAAUUCUUGAUUGUUGAAAUGUCACCGGUGACUGACAUCGACACCAGCGGCAUCCAUGCCUUCGAAGAGUUGCACAAGAGUCUUCAAAAGCGCAGCAUUCAGCUUGUUCUUGCCAAUCCUGGGCCUGUGGUGAUCGACAAGCUCCGCUUGGCCGAGUUCACAGAGCUCAUAGGCCAUGACAAGAUUUUCUUGACAGUUGGAGAGGCUGUGAUGACUUGUGCUCAAAUGGCAAGGGAAGAUGCAUGAGGGGAAGAAAAACCUAGUUAGAUUUUCGAUCAAACUACUAGGCUACGUAAGUGAAGGAGCAGCUCACUUGUAAUGAGAAGAAUGAAAUAGCUCCCAUGGAAUGGUUGAGUGUGAUAAGCUCUAUAAACAGGGGAUGGUGGGGAAAGCAGAGGGAGAAAUAAAGGCGGUUGAUGUCACUGUGAGCAUUUCAAAUUAUUGAGUGGGGUAGAAAAGAAAACCUUUGUGGAUCGCGCACCCACUAAAGCUAUCAGCUGGUUUGGAUUAUGGCCAUUGUGGAUAAGAUUGAAGAUGAAAAUCCAAAUAUGACCCUUAUCCUCUCUGUCUCUCUGAUUAGAUGCACGUGAUUUUAGUA